UCGUUCUCCCUUGCUUCCUCCCGAACCAAAAAGGCUAGCUCGACCGAACCUGAGAAAGCUUCAAAAACUGGCAAAACCGAAUCUCUAGGACCUCGUCGGGCGGGUUUGCACUCUGUACCGGCCCGCUCGCCGCAAUGAUGGACCAGCAACGGGCAACCUCACAGAAGUUCCCAGCCGGAUUGGCAGGAGUCCUCAACUCGCCGGAGGACAACCGGGACUCGGCGUAUUACUCGAGCACAGACGCAUCAAGCAAACACACCUCUGCUGCUUCGGGUAUGGGCGUGCUGAGCCCCCCGCACUCCGGCUUCCAGCCUUCUCCUGUCGACAAGACCCCCUCGCCGACAACGACGUCUCACCUCCUCCCACACCCACUCGUAUCCCCAACCACCACGAAUAGUGGUAACAUGAGCGUGGCGUCGAUGGUCUCGCCGACACCCCCCGCUACUACCGAUCCGAGGCGCAUUGACCGCCCCCAGUCGUUGGACUCGGCUCCAAACAACGCUGGGUUUGUAAAUGGAGAUAUUGCCGAAGCGAUGUCAAGGAGAGAGAGCGUGGACAGCAGAAUCAACCAGGGCUUUCACGACAUGAGAUUGGGCAAUUCACCUUACGCCAGCCAUAACCAGUCGACGACCUCGAUCCACACCACACUGCAGCAGCAAAGGAACCCGCGCCCCGGCCUUGAUAGUCUCGCGCCUCACCGAAUUUCGAAUGGAUAUCAGCCGAGCGCAGAGCGCAACCCCGAGGGACACAGCAAAACCAUGAGGAUUGCUCCGGCCAUUACUGGCCCGGCCACUAGCCAAAUCGCUCGGGCCGCAGAGCCGACCAAGGGCCAGGCAUGGGCCUUUCCGGAAGAAGAGAUCCAGAGAUUGCCGUCUGCCACGGCCCAGUCGCUGAUCGACUCCAGACGCAGUAGCAUUGCUGAAUCGUUUGCCAGCAGCCAGUUCACAACUGAGUCCAGGCUCCCAGCGGGGCAGCGACGACUGGAAGAGAACAUGGGUGGAGGCGGUUACCAAAGGUUGUCUAACGCAUCCGGUGAAUACUCGACGGUUCACCACCAUACCUUGCAGCACAAACAGCUCGGGGAGCUGCGAAACGAAGAGGCUGGUGCCCAGACGGGCACGCAGCCUUACAGCCGAACUCCCGAGCUCCGUAUUAGCCACAAGCUGGCCGAACGAAAACGACGCACCGAAAUGAAAGAGUUGUUUGACCAGCUGAGGGAUCUGAUGCCGCAAGAGAGGGGUUCCAAGGCUUCGAAAUGGGAAAUUCUGACGAAAGCAAUCUCGGAACACCAACGGCAAAGCGAUCUCAUCAGGCAGCUCCAGGCCCUUAAUCAACAGCAGCAGAACGAGAUCGAUAUGCUGCGACGAGAGCUCCAGGAACGGAUACACGGAGCCCCAACGCCACGGCCAGCGGACCCGUACGGCCCUGAUCAAUAUGCGAGGCCCCGGCCGCCUGAACUGCCCCCUCUUCGGUCGUUGCAGUCGGCUACAGGGCCCACGGGGCCCGACUCCAUGACAGGCGUGCAGUACGAGCCGCCUAGGGUCAACGGCUACCGACCCGGAGAGCCCGCGAGGUUCUAGAACGACCUCCGGGUGCCGAAGGAAGAGCACGGGCCAACGGCAGUAUCUUCUACUUGGCAGUGCUCA